UCUCUCUCUCUCUCUCUUUUUUCAUUCACUUCAUUCGCAUCCUCAUCUCCCUUCCUUCUCCCUUCCUCCUCCUCUUCCUCCUCUUCUCUACUACUCUACACCCUUUCCUUUUGAACCGAUCGUGGUUCCUCAGUGACGACAAACUACGUUAUCUUUUACAGUGCCAUAUCUGAUCCUUUCCUUACUUCAUCACACCAAUGGAAACCCCCACUACAACCAGGGCAGCACCUAGGCCUACUCAACCCGAACAUCAAACCCAACCCCAAUCCCAAACCCGAACCCAAACUAAUGCCCCUGCUCCACCAAGGCGCACCACCACUGCCCAACCUGAACGACCUGCUUCAUCUGCCUCCAGAGCAGCCCCUUCCUCCUCCUCCAACCCAAGGACUUCAUCCAUUUCGUCUUUCCCCAGGACUACUAGACCUGCAACUCCUAGUUCCACCUCAACAAUAGGAGAAGCCCAAAGUGAUGGUCCAUCCUCUGCGACCAUUGGCAUAGCAACUGCUGGUGGGCUGGUUGUUCUCUUCAUCCUUUCCAUCUUCCUCUGCAGAAAGUAUCGCUCUUAUAGGUACUCCAAGCGCGAUUUCAGUUACGAUCCAAGCCGUGACCCAAUCAACCCGAACGAUGUAUUACCUUCUACCCCUGCGACCAACGUCCUUGAGAAAUCAUCGAAUAUCAACCCCUAUCCCCUCACGGAUGUGAAAUGCGAUUCAAGUGCAUCCGUCUCUAGAUCGAGUUCUCGGGGCCAAUUAACACGGUCUCCUUUUGAUAAUCCUCAGUCACCACCAUUGCUUUCUUCAUCUCAACCCGCGCAACAACCUUUACAGGGCCAAGAUGCAGUUGUUGCUAAUGACAUGAGUAGUCAAUUUGUUUUACAGUCAGACCAAAACGGUAAUCAAGCAAGCCCUCACACAUCGCCUCGUCAAAACCAUGUGCAAUACCAGCCUCCUGAGCCAUAUCCUCAGGGCUCGCCUCGAUCACCAUAUGCUGCCCCAGGCCAACCGCCACUGAGUCCUCGUGGACCUGGUUAUGGUCAACCACCUGGUUCUCCAUCCCACCCAAACUAUUAAAACAAUAGUUAUUAGAAAUAGAAAAAAAAAUUCCAGAAAGUAAAUAAACAAAAACAUGUAUGCAUUUUGGUGAUGG